GGAGGGGGAAGAGGAGGAGCAGGCAUGAAUGUGUCUGCGUGAGGACCUGGGAGAGGCGAAGGAGGCAGAGGGGGGCAGGGAGCGCGCGCGUGGCCUUCGGCGCCCGGGGUUCCCCCAGCACCGACCUCAGCCGGCGCCGCGCCGCCUCCUUGUCAGCACUGGCCACAUCGCAGCUGGGACCCGCUCUGGGCACGGGGACCCAGUGCGGCCUGGAAGGAGCGAGAAAGCAAAAGUGUUCCUGGUAGCAGAGAGUUGAAGUAAUGAGAAGGCAUCAUGGAGGCCCAGUCCCACAGCUCCACGACCACUGAGAAGAAAAAAGUUGAAAAUUCUGUAGUGAAAUGCUCCACUCGAGCAGAUGUCAGCGAGAAAGCCGUGGCCUCCAGUACCACUUCCAAUGAGGAUGAAAGUCCUGGACAGACCUAUCACAGAGAGAGAAGAAACGCGGUCACUAUGCAGCCACAGAGUGUCCAGGGGCUCAGUAAGACCAGUGAGGAGCCUUCAACAUCCAGUGACGAGAGAGCCUCGCUGAUCAAGAAGGAGGUCCAUGGGUCCCUGCCCCACCUGGCUGAGCCCUCCGUCCCAUACCGUGGGGCUGUGUUCACCAUGGACCCCAGGAACGGUUACAUGGAGCCUCACUACCACCCUCCUCACCUUUUUCCUGCAUUCCAUCCUCCUGUGCCAAUCGAUGCAAGACAUCACGAGGGGCGUUACCAUUAUGAUCCAUCUCCGAUUCCUCCAUUGCAUGUGCCUUCUGCCUUAUCUAGUAGCCCAACAUAUUCAGACCUGCCCUUCAUUAGGAUCUCCCCGCACCGGAACCCCGCUGCAGCUUCUGAGUCCCCCUUCAGCCCUCCACAUCCCUACAUCAAUCCUUACAUGGACUACAUCCGAUCUCUGCAUAGCAGCCCGUCCCUCUCCAUGAUCUCUGCAGCCCGGGGGCUGAGCCCCACAGAUGCGCCCCACACUGGAGUCAGUCCAGCAGAAUACUAUCAUCAGAUGGCUCUGUUAGCUGGCCAGCGCAGCCCCUAUGCAGACAUCAUUCCCUCAGCUCCCACUGCUGGCACUGGGGCCAUUCACAUGGAAUAUCUUCAUGCCAUGGAUAGCACCAGAUUCCCCAGCCCCAGGCUGUCAGCCAGGCCAAGCCGAAAACGUACACUCUCCAUAUCACCACUGUCCGAUCAUAGCUUUGACCUUCAGACCAUGAUAAGGACAUCUCCCAACUCCUUGGUCACAAUUCUCAAUAAUUCUCGCAGCAGCUCUUCAGCAAGUGGCUCCUAUGGUCACUUAUCUGCGAGUGCAAUCAGCCCUGCCUUGAGUUUCACCUACCCUUCUGCACCCAUGUCUCUCCAUAUGCAUCAACAAAUCUUAAGCCGACAACAGAGCUUAGGCUCGGCCUUUGGACAUAGCCCUCCACUCAUCCAUCCUGCCCCAACUUUUCCAACACAGAGGCCUAUUCCUGGGAUCCCUACGGUUCUGAACCCCGUCCAGGUCAGCUCUGGCCCUUCCGAAUCCUCACAGCAGAACAAGCCCACAAGUGAGUCUGCAGUGAGCAGCACUGGCGACCUGAUGCACAACAAACGGUCCAAGAUCAAACCUGACGAGGACCUCCCCAGCCCUGGGCCACGGGGUCAGCAGGAACAGCCAGAAGGAACCACCCUGGUGAAAGAGGAAGGGGACAAAGAUGAAAGCAAGCAAGAGCCUGAAGUCAUCUAUGAGACAAAUUGCCACUGGGAAGGCUGCACCAGGGAGUUUGACACCCAGGAGCAGCUGGUACAUCAUAUAAAUAAUGACCAUAUUCAUGGAGAGAAGAAAGAAUUUGUUUGUCGGUGGUUAGAUUGCUCAAGAGAGCAGAAACCCUUCAAAGCCCAGUAUAUGUUGGUAGUGCACAUGAGAAGACACACAGGAGAGAAGCCUCACAAAUGCACUUUUGAAGGUUGCACAAAGGCCUACUCAAGACUAGAAAACUUGAAAACACACUUGAGAUCUCACACUGGAGAGAAACCGUAUGUCUGUGAGCACGAAGGUUGUAACAAGGCUUUCUCAAAUGCCUCCGAUCGCGCCAAGCACCAAAACAGAACACAUUCCAAUGAGAAACCAUACGUGUGCAAAAUCCCAGGCUGCACUAAGCGCUACACAGACCCAAGCUCCCUUCGGAAACACGUGAAGACAGUGCAUGGCCCAGAGGCUCAUGUCACCAAGAAGCAGCGUGGGGACAUACAUCCUCGGCCCCCGCCACCACGAGAUUCUGGCAGCCAUUCACAGUCCAGGUCACCUGGCCGGCAGACUCAGGGAGCCCUUGGUGAGCAGAAGGACCUCAGCAACACUACCUCAAAACAGGAGGAAUGCCUACAAGUGAAAACAGUCAAGGCGGAGAAGCCCAUGACAUCUCAGCCAAGCCCUAGUGGUCAGUCUUCAUGCAGCAGCCAACAAUCCCCCAUCAGCAACUAUUCCAACAGUGGGCUCGAGCUUCCUCUGACGGAUGGAGGUGGUAUGGGAGACCUCAGUGCCAUCGACGAAACCCCCAUCAUGGACUCAACCAUAUCCACUGCCACCACGUCCCUCGCCCUGCAAGCCAGGAGAAACCCAGCAGGGACCAAAUGGAUGGAGCAUGUAAAACUGGAAAGACUCAAACAAGUGAAUGGAAUGCUACCGCGCCUAAACCCCAUCCUACCCCCCAAAGCCCCUGCGGUCUCUCCUCUCAUAGGAAAUGGUACCCAGCCCAAUAACAGCUGCAAUUUGGGUGGGCCCAUGACCCUCCUCCCUAACAGAAGUGACCUUUCUGGGGUUGAUGUCACCAUGCUGAACAUGCUCAACAGGAGGGACAGCAGCACCAGUACCAUCAGCUCUGCCUACCUGAGCAGCCGCCGCUCCUCGGGCAUCUCUCCCUGCUUCUCCAGCCGGAGGUCCAGCGAGGCAUCCCAGGCCGAGGGCCGGCCCCACAAUGUAAGUGUCGCCGACUCCUAUGACCCCAUCUCCACCGAUGCCUCACGCAGGUCCAGCGAAGCCAGCCAGAAUGAUGGCCCGCCUAGCCUACUCACCCUCACGCCAGCCCAGCAGUACCGCCUGAAAGCCAAGUAUGCCGCCGCCACAGGCGGACCACCACCCACACCACUGCCCAAUAUGGAGAGGAUGACCCUGAAGACCAGGAUGGCCCUGUUCGGGGAUGGGAAGGAGUCUACAGGGGCCCUGCCCCCUGUACACCCUCCUCGAAGAUGUAGCGAUGGGGGCACCCACAUCUAUGGCCGGCGCCCUCUGCUGCCCCAGGAUACGCUGAGCCACAGUGUAAGAAGAGCCAGCGACCCAGUAAGGACGGUUUCGGAGAACCUCUCUCUGCCCAGGGUGCAGCGUUUCAACAGCCUGAGCAGCUUCAACCCUCCGGUUUUGCCUCCAUCCCUGGAAAAACGUAACUUAGUGCUUCAGAAUUACACACGACCUGAGGGUGGCCAGUCCCGCCACUUCCACUCCUCUCCUUGUCCUCCGAGCAUUACUGAGAAUGUCACCCUGGAGUCCCUGACCAUGGACGCUGAUGUGAACUUGAAUGAUGAGGAUUUCUUGCCGGAUGAUGUGGUACAGUAUUUAAAUUCCCAGAACCAGGCUGGGUAUGAGCAGCACUUCCAGAGCGACAUCUCUGACGACCGCAAACUGCCCCACGGGCCUGGCUUGGGGAACGGGCACAGCAACUUUGACUCUCCUGGGCUACCAGACAGCCACGCCAGCCAGCAGUACCACACGCUGGAGCAGCCCUGCCCUGAAGCCAGCAAAGCCGACCUGCCCAUUCAGUGGAACGAGGUUAGCUCUGGCAGUGCUGACCUGUCCUCCUCCAGGCUGAAGUGUGGCCAGAGGUCCACAGCACAGCCAGCCCGAGGCUUCGGGUUAUACAGCAACAUGGGCGUCCACCCACAGAAUCCCCUGAGGAAUGGGGCUGGCCAGGCAGGGGGCUAUCAGACCCUUGGGGAGCAUGGCAGUGCCUACGGCGGCCCAGAACACUUGGUGAGCCACAGUGGCGGGACUGGCACCAAUGGAAAUGCCUUCCAUGAACAGCCUUAUAAGGUCCAGCAGUUUGGGAACUAUCUCACCAGGCAGCCUGGGGCCCCCAGCUCCCUCGACAGUGCCUGCAGUGCUGGGAGUCAAGCUGCAAAGCUGAGAAGUACCACCAUGCAAGGGAACGGGAGCCAGCCAGAUUUCGACCUGUCGAUAUUGCCCAAUGAGUCAGCUGGUGGCACAGUGAAUGGCAUGCCAACUCGAGACCUGAUGGGACAGGGCUACCUGGCUCAUCAGCUACUCAGUGAAAGUAUACACCACCAAGGGGCAGGCCGAGCGGGGCAGCAGAUGCUAGAGCAGGUUAGCGCUACCUCAUACAUCCAUAUCUAUCAAGGGCCAGAGAGCGGCCUGCCAGGGCCUCCCAGCAUUGGGGGCCAGCUGUCCAGCUUGGCAGCUGUCAGGGGCUACCAGCCCUGUGCCGGCUAUGGAGGCAACAGGCGCCAGGCUUUGCCGAGAGGCAGCCUCACUCUACAGCCAGGACAGCACAGUGACACAAGUCAGACCUGUAGGGUGAAUGGCAUCAAGAUGGAGAUGCAAGGGCAGCCUCAUCAGCUCUGUUCUAAUGUUCAGAGUUACUCUGGUCAGUUCUAUGACCAAACCGUUGGCUUCAGUCAGCAAGACAUGAAAACUGGUUCAUUCUCUAUUUCAGAAGCCAACUGCCUGCUACAGGGGGCCAGCGCCGAAAACUCUGAAUUACUUUCCCCAGGUGCUAACCAGGUGACGAGCACAGUUGACAGCCUUGACAACCAUGAUCUGGAAGGGGUGCAGAUUGAUUUUGAUGCAAUCAUAGAUGACGGGGACCACGCCAGCCUGAUGUCAGGAGCCCUGAGCCCAAGUAUCAUUCAGAACCUUUCCCAUAACUCUUCCCGCCUCACGACACCACGAACAUCCCUCCCAUUGCCAGCACUAUCUGUGAGCACCACCAACAUGGCCAUUGGGGACAUGAGUUCUUUGUUGACCUCCCUUGCGGAAGAAAGCAAAUUCCUUGCAGUUAUGCAAUAGGCGCUAGGAAAAAAGACUGCCAACAAACGUGAAACUUUAGGAGUUUAAAAGAUUAAAUUGAGUCAGUUUUUUGCUGGUUUGUUUUUUUAGUUCUAUAUGUAUUUUAGCAAUCUCAUCUCACCUAACUGGGAUGUGUUUCAAGUAUAUUCCUUUUAUGGAAAAGGACUCUGAAAAACCCUAAAGUAUUCUAGGGAGAAACUGUCUUCCAUUUCAGUUUGAAUCAGUAUUGUUAUACUCAAACCACCCACUUUUUAAAAAACUGUAGCCUGCCCCCUUUUUUUUGUAAACCAAUGUAAAUGUGUGUUGUGCAUGUUCUUCUUUCUUUUCAAAGAGGUCAGUCUAAAGGAUUUGACAUGUUUCUCUGUUACUCAAAGAAAAUAGGAGUUGGUAUGCCUUUGACCAAGGGGUCACAUGUCUAGCUUUUAAAAAUUUCCCUUUACAUAUGUUCAACAUUUGUUUUGGUUUUUUGAUUUUUUAAAAUUUCCACAUUAGGCACAAGAAUCAGAAUAUGGAUAGUGAGUUAAGAAUCUUUUGUGGGUGCACUGUAGCAUUGAUCGCAAAUUUUUGACAUGUUCCCCACCCCUAAUUCAGUUCAUGGUAUACUUUUGGCAGUUGUACACAAAUGGAAAUUUGAGGCUUUUGAAAUGAAAUAGUUUGCUCACAGUUUAGAUGUAAAGUUCUUCCUGUUCAUAGUGUGCUUUGUGGGGUAUAUCUGUAUGGUCAGUUCUCAGUUAUCUACUUUGCCUCUUCUCCUUUCUCUUUCAGUGCUGUUUAGCGCACUGUUCAGAUGCACUGCUUUUUUCAUCUGGUCUGGUAAAUUAGGUAGAUUGUAGAUUGGAGCUAUUGGGUAGAAUUAGUUUGGGGAAUAUUUGUGGGUUUGCUGUAUUGAUUUGUUCCAUCUCUUUACUGUUAUCAUAGAUAACCGAGAAUUGAUUAUAUAUAGUUGAAAACAUAGGCAUUUAAACAACCCCACAGCCCACAGUCAUUUACAUAUGUUAAUCCAACUAUAGUGAAGGACUACUUCUGUUCUAAGCACUCUAUUUUCAGAGAUUUUUAAAACUUGGUUGUAACAGAAAAAGCUCCCAUACAAUGAUAAUUAGAAUAAAUAGCUUUGACCACUUUUGGUAUUUGAGAGACAAAGGAGGAUGUUUAGUUACUAAGGAGGAUGUUUAGAAGCUGUUGGAUGCCUUUUUUUUCUUUUUUAUAUAUUUUAUCUAUUAAAUGCAUCCAUUUAAGAACCUAAAUGUUCUAUGCAGUUAGUCCUUAAUUUGGACUUAAUCUAUCCUCUAUUUUAGAUUAAAACAUUUAAAGAUUGAAAAAAUGCAGCUGCUUCCCAUGUGCACUGGGUACACAUAAAAGACAUACUGUGUGUGCACAGAGUACAUGGAUUAUCCAGCAUUUUAGUUUUUAAAAUAUGUAGACUUUUUAAAAUAUGUAAAAUAAAAUAUUAACACAUCAAACUACCUGCUGUAUUCUUCCCAUUGAUCCUGGAAUUGGAUUUAUCCACAGUGAUUCAUGGUUUAAUUGUGUGGCUUUUUCCCUUUCUUCCUGCCAUUUAAAUUGGUUUUAGAAAGACAGUAUCAGAUACAGUAAAAUGUUAGGUAACAGAAAGAAUGUUAGGACCAUCCCAUUUUUCUUAUGUUUCUGUUCUCUCAUUUGAAUAAAAAAAUCUCUGCAUGGAGGUAAAUUUCCCUUUGAAACGUUGUGGCCAAGGCAAUUGGGUUUGCUUUCAACUGGAUGUUCCUGAGAUCAGCAGAGAGAUGCUGAGAUUUCUAAUCAACAUCUUGCCAUUCUCUCGCUUGCAGCACCUUCUUUUAAAUCAAAGGAUGCACCUACUCUGGAACAGAGCCCAGAAGCAAAAGACAGCUACUGAUCUGAGCUCAGUAGAGUGGAGUCUCUAUUACUUUUCAAUGGGAAAAGCAAAGCUUUUUCUGUGUUUUGCAAACAGGUCGUGAUUCAGUCACAAAAUCAAUGUCCCAUUCCCCAAAUCCCCAAGUCCUGGUAUUACCUUUCUUGCUCUUGUGGUUUGGCCCAAUCCCUCUCCCCUUCCACCUUUCUCCAGUAGUAUUCCUGGAUGUAACCCGCAUUUCUCAGUUCCCAUAAUUUCCCAUAUCUUUGCGCCAUGUGGAAGGGAAUAGCAAUUGAGAUGAGCACUGUUGUCAUCUUGUGCCUCUGCUGUGUGGUGAUUUUUGUUUGUUUGUUUGUUUGUUUGUUUUCAAGUUUCAGAUGAUUCUCUGAGUUGUCCCCUUUGUUUACUUUUUCUUUUCAGACUUGUUUUUCUUGCUACUGCCUUUAGAUUUGCAGGGACCUUCACACUUCAGCUCAAUAUGUGGCUUUUCUCAGAAGGAUCGAUCUGUUGUGACAGUCAGUGAGUGGCACAAAGGUCUUUUGGGGUCACUUAGAAGUGUCUUGUCUGGAUAUGGAGCUCUGUAGACUUGGCAUCUCCUGUGGUAGGAUGCAUCCCCAGCUUCCAACCUCCUCUCCAUCAGCUCACUAGUAUCACAUCCUACUUUGUAAUGCAGGCUCCUAUGUGGUACUUCUAUUUAACAACUUUGUUAAAACAUGUUUUUACUUGUCAAACUAUUUUGUUUUAUUUUCUAAAGAACUGAUUAGACUAUCCCUGCUCCUCACACUUUGGCUCAUCUUCUUGAGCCACAGAGUUUUGAUUCUUACAAUGUAUGUGCCUUAUUUUAUGUUAAUUGUGUUCAUGGGAGGGACCAUUUGAUGUUGCCCAAUAAGAGCUUGAAACUGUGCACUUCCCAGCUGGCUAAGAGCAAACAAUUGUAGCAGAGUCUGAGCUGUCUUGUAAGCUGGAUUCCCGUGUUGUUUUGAAUGGAUAGGAAUAUGUUCUCUUCUGAGAAGUUACUGUUGUGUAUCCUGCAAACAUGUAAGAUAAAAUACAAGUUCAUUUUUUUCACCAUUUUUAGAUUUUUUUAAAAAAAAAUAAAAUGUGUAAUCCUUUUUUAAAAGAAAGACAUGUAAAUACAUUUAAGUAUUGUAGGCAUAGUGUCCAGAUGUGGACGGCCCUGGGCCUUCCUCAGAUCUGCCUGCAUCCUGAGCGAUGCCCUGUACUCACCCUGUAGCGGCCACAGAUGGACUCGACUUUUGCUUUCAAAACCACUUAGUCCUUUUUGUAACAAAGAGAAAGAACAAUGUUUCUUAUAAUGUCAAUAAAAAACUCUUUGUACUGAAA